AUGGACGAAAAUCCACAAGUUUAUCGUCUUGCUGCUUUUAUCAAACAAAAUGCUAUUAUUGAUGAAUGGAAAGUGGGAAAGGUCAUCGGUUCAGGCGCAAACGGUAUGGUCAUUCUUGUUGAGCAUAUCGUAACACAUCAUGUAGCAGUAAUGAAAAUUGCAAUGAAUCGAGCAGCAUCAGGUUCUAUCAAUUGCGAAUGGGAUGUGCUAGAACGGAUUAUGAAACCAAGUAAUAAUGAAGAUCGGACGCGACAUUUGGUAAGACGGAUCGAUUUUGGUCAUACGCUCAAUAUGGAUAAACAAAAUGUAAGCUAUAUUGUAAUGGAAUAUCUGCCAGGAAAUCCGGUUGGUAUAAUUGGCCUAUUGGGAGGUAAUGAGCUUCUUUCAAAAGUAGCCGAAUUUGGUCUUCAACUUUUGAAAGCUAUAUAUGAUUUACAUUGUCUUGGUUAUGUUCAUCGUGAUAUAAAACCAGAAAAUGUUGGACUUUACAAUGAUAACAUCCUUGUCUUGUAUGAUCUUGGAUUAGCACGAUUUUAUAUAAAUCAAGAAGGUCGAGUACGAGAACCACGAUGUUUGUGUGGUAUGCGUGGUACCGAUGAAUGGGCCAGUUUAACGGCAGAGCUAGGAAGAGAUCAGGGACGAAUCGAUGAUCUUUGGGGAUGGUUUUAUGUUCUCGUCGAAUGGAUCAAUUGUGCUUCUAAAUACCCCCUUUGUUGGGCACCUUUUGAUGAUUAUCCUGAUUUACGCCACCUUUGUAAAUCGUCAAUAUUCCCUGCAAAAUAUGUCCUUCGAAAUUGUCCACCAGAAUUUUUCAAAAUACAGUGCUACUUGCGAUGUUUGGAUAGGGAUGACUCGCCGAAUUAUUUCUAUUUGGCCACACUAUUGGAUGAUUUAAAAAAGCGAGCAAAUGGUGUAAAGUUAGUAAAGCCACUACAACCAACAUCGGAUAAAGACGCUGAACGUGCUGAACGUCUUUCACAACUGGAACUUGAACAUUUCUAA